AUGAGCGCCGGCCAGUGCAGUGCUUCGGGUGCUCUGGACGUCGCGUGGUGCGCCCUCCUGGUCACGCCCCUGGUGGUGGCCGGCUGGCGCGGCACUUGGGAGCUGCUGGACGUCCACGCCGCCCACUUCCCGCCGUGGGAGAGCUGCGUGAUCGGUACGCUGAUCCAUGUGGUGGCCGGCGGCGCGCAGGAGGCGUUCCACGCGCUGGCGAUGGAGGGGGGCGAGCAGCGCACGCCCCUCGGCCGACUGCUGCUGUUCCUGGCCAUGCGCAGCUACACCCUGGUGCUGCAUCUGGCCACCAAUGUGCAGUGGCGCGGUGUGUGGAUGCUGCUGGACCAGCACUUGGGCGUGGUGGAGGAGGGCAGGGUGCGCGUGGCGCACGCGGGCGUGGCCCUGGGGCUGUUCGCCGCCUGCUUGGGCCUGCUGGGCGGCAUGCGCUGCUUGCGCAACCUGAACUCGCCGCCCUUUGGGCUGUGCGCGGACGAGGGCGACCCGAUGUUCCGCUUCCCGAACAUGUUCCGCACCGCCAUGGCGGACGGCGCCGCCCGCUACGCGGCCGACGUCGUCUUCUCAGUGGGCGUGGUCGGCAACUUGGGCGUGGUCGGCUGGCGCGGCCUGUGGCUGCUCGCCGAACUGCUGCUGUCGCCCUGCGCCAGCCUGGUGUUGGGCUACGCGCUGGUCGCCGCGCUGUUCCUGCUGCAGCCAACCAUGCAGGCGGUGUGCGACGCGCCCGCCGGCCUGCGCCGCCUCCUGGCCNACGCCUACAUGCUGGCGGCGGUGUGGGCGGCUGUCAACGUGUGGCGCGGCCUCUGGACGCUGCUGGACCGCCACUUCCUGCCGGGCAGCGGGCCGCUGGGCCUCUGGCUGUGCCAGGGGGGCGCGCUGGCGCUGCUGAUGGCGCUGCGCUGCUCCAACUCGCUGCUGGUGCGCGGCGUGUGGCGCGACGGCGAAGAAGCGGGCGGCAGCUGCGUCGCCUUCAGCGUGACCCUCAAUAAAUAA